AUGGGCGAAUCGUCGCACGACGCCAAGUUGGAAGUCAAGGAAUGCGACAUGGGCGAGUCAGAGCAGUUCAUCUGCACCGACAUCGUGAAGACGGCGCAGAAGUUGUAUGAGUUGGACAAGGACGUGGCCGCAUUUUGCAAAGAGGAACUGGACAAGCGGUUCGGGCCCACCUGGCACGUCAUCGUUGGGAAAAGCUUCGGCUCUCGUGUCAGCUACGAGAUGAACAACUUCCUGCUCGUCAAGUGCAACCGGGUCAACGUCAUGUUAUUCAAGUGUGGCUAU